GUAAGGAAAUUCCUGAGCUUCACAGUGGCAAUCAGGCAGUUAAGGACCUGCCACUGAAAAUGGAGCUGUGUGUCACUCACUUUCAUGGCUUAUUCACACUAGCAACACUGCUCUGGCAUUAAAAAAAAAAGAGGCUUUCUCAUUCACUCACACCAACAACCUAGUAAAUUGCCCUUACUUGAAAAAUGGUAGCGUGUGUGUGUGUGUAUAUUUAACAGCAAUUGAAAGCUUACCUUCUCAGACGACAAAUACGAGUGUAACUCGGUUGCAGGUGCCACGGCAAGGGAUAGGGCUAUUUACUGAAAGGUGCAAACGUUGCAGUUACUCUGUAAACAAUUUAACAGGCAAACAGUGGACUUUCAUGACACCGUCGUAUGACGAAAGGUGAAAUAGCAGCUGUUCGCUUCUCCACUCGAGCCGGUACACUUUAACACAAUGAUGGACGUCGUGAAUGCAUUGAAGAUGAGUUGAUCUCCAGCAAAACAAGCUCGAAAAAAUGGCAACAUACAACACCGAAGGACAUUCAGUUGUGAUGGAGGUGAGCCCAGACAUCCAUAUCUGUGGCUUCUGCAAGCAGCAGUAUAAUAAUUUCGAUGUUUUUCUUGCCCAUAAACGAAAUGGAUGCUCCUUACCAACCUCUGACACAACUGCCACCACUACAGCAGCCCCUCUCACAGAUUCCAGUGCUGAGUUUGUUUUCGAGGAGACCUACCAGACCUGUGUUAUGAGAGGUGUCAAAAAGAUCCUGACCAAAGCACAGAAAACACCUUCCAAAAAAUUAAAACCUUCCCUGACUUCAAAGAGACACAGCUGCUGUUUCUCAGGUUGCACUUUUAAGACGCAGUAUGGCCAAAAAGACAUGGAGCGGCACCUCAAAACCCACACCGGUGAGAAGCCCUUUGAAUGUGAGCUGUGCCACAAGCGCUUCAGUCGUCGGGACAAGCUCAACAUGCACAGCCGCUCACACACAGGCGAGAAGCCGCACAAGUGUAAACACUGUCCCUACGCAGCAGCAGACAGCAGCAGUCUGAAGAAGCACCUGCGGAUCCACUACGACGAGCGGCCUUUCAAAUGCCAGAUCUGUCCGUACGCCAGCCGCAACUCCAGCCAGCUCACCGUACACCUCCGCUCACACACAGGGGAUGCACCUUUCCAGUGCCAGCAGUGCGAUGCUAAGUUCAAAAUCAACUCCGACCUGAAGAGGCACAUCCGGAUUCACUCGGGCGAGAAACCUUACAAAUGUGACUUCUGUGAGUACCGCUGCGCCAUGAAAGGCAACCUGAAAUCUCACAUUCAGAUCAAACACGGCACCGAGAACUCCUUCCGCUGCGGUUACUGUGAUUUCCAGUGUGCCAGCAAGAACGCUCUGCGGCAACACUCACGAGAGCACCAGCCCAUCCAGCCAAUCCGGUGUGCCGAGUGCUCUUACUCCUGCACCAGCAAGGGGGCGCUCAAAGUCCACGAGAGGAUCCACUCAGAGGAGCGGCCCUUUAAAUGUGACUUCUGCAGCUUUGCCACCAAGCAGCGCAGCAACCUGGUCAUCCACAAGAAGAAGUGCCAUUCAGAUAAACCUGAGAAAGGGAGCAGUGGGAAAGGUGUUAGAGGAGGAGGAGGGAAAAGUGGAGCUGAUUCUCCAAAUCCUGUGGGCUCCAGGUACCGAGCCAAACUGGAAGCGGCUCGGGCUUUCUGCUGUGACUCGUGCGACGCGUCCUUUGUGAGGGAAGACUCCCUGCGGAGCCACAAGAAGCAGCACAGAGACACUCAAGGUGUGUUGCAGCUGCAGCUCCCCACCCAAACUGAAACAAUGUCCCAGAGCAUCUCCCAGUCUGACUCUAUGGCUCCUUACCGCAGUGCACAGCUCAAAAUCAUCGUACCCCACCCUAUGAGCCAAGAGAACUCCUUAAUCCCAGCUGCUGUGGAGAGUCAGCAUAAAAUGGUGCUGCUCAGCUCGGAGAACCAGGACAUGGUGGUGAACUCCAUGAUCCAUCAGGUCAACCUGCUGGCACCUAUGCAACCUCUCAGGGGGACUGCAGAGGCCACCCUCCACCCCCAGACGGUGUUGUUGACGCAGCUCGGCCCCGACGAUGCCAACAACCCGCUCCACCAGGCGCUGCUGCACAACGCCAUCAGCGCUCAGGACUCCGGCAGCACCUCGCAGACUUUCAUCACGACCUGCUCCGAACUGGAGGGCCUGAACGCUCUGAUCCAGGAGGGCGGCACUGAAGUCACAGUGGUGACAGAGGGGAUUCCCGCCAUGGUGACCACAGCAGCUCCACCCACCUUAGUGUGUGAUCCAGCAGCUAAGGUGGAGGAGAGUGCCUUACACUGUGAGGAUGGUGCGUUGCUGGUGCCGAACCUCAGCCUGGGCGGACAGAACGUGGUGAUCCACGGCGUCCCAAUGAUAGUGUCCACUCAGUCGCAGCAGAGCACUAUAGAGCAGCUCUCUCCUCACACACUCUACUCAGACACACACACUCUGGAAGGCCUCCCACAAUGAACGGAGGGUUUUUUAUAAGACCAUGAAGACUAUAACUGCUUAUAAGCUAUUUCUUUGCCAGUAAGAACUCUUUAGGUCACGUAUCUACAGGACAGUAACAGCUUUUGUUUCCAACUAUUUUAUCAUCAAUCACUAAGUAACAAUAAUGCUGACUUCAUUAUUUUCAGGUUUUAGAUGUCUUAAUUGUCGUAGCGCAGUAGUUCACUACAAUAUGUCAUCAUGUUUAACACUGAAUCACUUCUGAGGACGAAAACGUUGAUCAGGGUUCUCACACGUCGUGAAAAGACCUUGAAAAAACGAUCCGAAACACAUGGAAAAAAUGGAAAAUAAUGUCCUGGAAUUAUUUUUAAACGUUAUCCUAUUUUCUUUUUACCUGAGAAUGGAUUAAACGCCAUCAUAGCUCCUCAUAUAAAAUGACGUUGCCUUCAGAAAGUUGUGGUUAUGCUCAUAAUUAAUGGGAUAAAUAGAGAAGGUCAGUAGGAGUAGACUGCUCUUGGUUAUGGUGUUGAAAUGUUCUCAGUCAUGUCACAUGUUAGAAAGUUGGAUGAGUGGUUUUAAACAAUUGAAUCAUGUUAAAAUGGUUAGCAAGUGGCUAAAAUUGACAUGCUAUCUAGCUUGUUUUUGUACAUAUAGAGAAGUAGUUGGUUUUCUGGCUAUUUAUUUUCAGCAUGAAAGCAAGGAUAUAUAGCAAUGUUUAAAGCCGAAUACUCGGGUCUUUUAAUCACGUUUCAACAGAGGAGCUUUUUCGUGGGAACCCUGUUAAUCAUUUGGACCAACUUUCACAUAUUUCUGUUGAUGUGUAAUCAUUGGAGGCAUCAAAAUAAUACCUUAUUUCAAAUGUUAUUAAAACAAGGUUACAUGUUAGGCAAUCUAAAGAAAAGAAUAAAGCCUGAAUCAAAUGGACACAACUUGAAAUUGAAUGAAUGUCUUUCAUGGAGUUCUCUCGUGUGUCCACUAGGUGGCAGCAGAGUGCCACAGGUGAAGUUCACUCUGAUACUGGUGGAAUAUUGCGGUGUUGUAUUGACUCUACCUAUUCUGUAUGUGUAGCCUUUUCUCUCUUUCAAUCUGAAUCUAUAAAGUACAUUUGUAUAAAAUAUUGCAAAUCAAGGUCUUACUUUUAAAAAGUCAAGUUGCUCUCCUGAUAGAUUUUUCAAUAAAGUGCCUUUUUGGCUCGUGGCUUUUUAUAA